ACCAAUUGUUUACAGAAGCUUCUAUUUCUUAGUUUCCAGUGGCCACAGUGGAAUCGAUCGACGGCAGCUCCAGUGAGAUUUACCCAGUGCGCAGUUCCACGCCGCAAGCAUCUCCUGGCACCAAGCUGUACAACGUAAUUUCCUUCUGCCUGCAUCUUUUGAGGUUGCAUAGGUACUUCCCGCUCCCGGCUCUGUCUGCUUUCGAAAUUCCCCAGCACUCCCGGCUUUGAAUCUCGACUGCCAUUUCCAGAAGGAUCUUCAACCCGAGUCUGAUGAAGGUUUGCACAGAAGGUGCCUGGUGGAGUUGUUGCCAUUAAGACCCUGAAGACCGAGCCAGUACCGAUUUGACGUUUCUUGGAUUUGACUGUAAUGCCAAAGAGCUACACCGGUAAGCAGCUGUCGAGAGCAGCUUUUCCACUAGGCAGGCCUAAGUCCUCAGCCCGCCACACGAGGGUUAUAUGCGGUCGAAUGUCUGACAUGCCACCUCAGCAGACAAGCUGUGUUGAUAAGUGGAAUGACAGAGCACUUAGAAAGGGGCCAGGUAGCUGAUGCUUGAUUUUCAUACAGCAUGCGCAUACUUUGAAGUAUCCGAAAUUAGUUGAACAAGAAGACGAAUGAGAUGUAUAAACAACGCGCGUUCCUGCCUGAACCUUGCCUGUUCAGCAUAAUGGCAGUGAUGGAUGUCGGAAAAUGCUGCUGACAUGCUGUUGUUUCGCAUCUUCAACGAUGAAGUUGAUCCUUCUCGGUUACUGUGCACAACCAAUCCUGCGGGAACAGCGAUACAUCAGAUAAGCGACUGUUACACCAAAUUGUGGAGGGGGCGAUUUGCCAACAGCCACAGCACGCGCAACACCACCUAGAUCUAACAGCUGAAACCCAUUGCAACUUGUGCUGCUCACGUAUUGCGAGCCAUGGCCACGACACUGGACGAUGAUGAGACUAUUUCCGACCUAAUUGGGACCCUUCAAAGAGCUGCAAACAAACCUGCGAAACAACGCACCGGCAAGAUAUCGGUCCUGAUCAAUAAAGUCUGCUUGCAGGCCUACGCAGAUGGAUUGUCAAAUGCUUCCCUGGAGCAGCUGGUGGACAUCAUCACGCGUCCCAACGAGCUCGACCAAAGCAGUCUGGGGAACUUGAUACGCAAUCUCUAUCCCGCGACCAGAGUACCCAACAUUAUCGUCAUCAAAAUCGUGGGAGGGCUGGGUCAUGGCCGGCUGAAGCCGUCAUAUUCAGCGCAGGCGGCAUUAUUGAAAUGGCUUAUUAUGGUCUACGAUGUCCUGGAGGAUCAAAGGGUACUUUCGCAACUUUACAGCGUGUUGUUUAACCUGCUGGAUACUUCGACUCUGAGACCUCAAUUAUGUCACGUGCUGUCCCUUAUCACUCGACGAAAGCAUGUCAGACCAUUCAGAAUACAAGCAUUAAUGGAGUUGACGCGGCAAGGUGGAAAUGAACCGUCUCUGGUGGGAUUGAUGAGAGUUUACAAAGACUACUAUCCAGAUGUUAUUGCUGGGGAGGUCAUCUCUGGACGAGCAUCUGUAUUCACUCACCCGAACCAAGAAUGGCGACAACGGCUUGGGGAGAUCCAAGAACUUUACAUACAAAAGACGCAGGACGGUCUUCCAGUUGAAAAGAGAACUUUCAGAGUAACCCGCAAGACUAGCACCAAGGCACAAAAAUCGUUCCUACCUCAAGUGUACACUUCACACGCUCAAGAGACCUCUGUUACGCUGGAGGAGAUUGAAGAUGUUCACGAUUUCAUUCAGAAGCUUGAGAAGAUCGAACCGCCCAACCAACUAGUCGCAGUCAUUGAUGACCCCCUCUUGCAGAAGUUUCUGCAGCUCCGGUCAAGCGAGACCAACGCAAAACGUGUUGAUAGUUGGUUGAUGGCUUUUUUCGAGGACCAUUUGCAGUCAGCACAUACUGGAGAACGACAAAUACUGGAGAUGCUUGAAUUCAUGCUUGGAUAUACCCGAUAUACUAAGAUACUCCCCUCCGCAUGCCUAACAUACCUGAGAUCCAUGCUUCCAAGCUGGAAUGGUGUGGCUGGACGCGAAGUAGUCCUUGGUCUAUUUGCAUAUACCCCGAUAAACUCGUGGGAAGACUUGUACGAAUCCACAUUCCAACCGCUCGAAGAUUCCCUCCUAGAAACCGACACGACUACUUCUCAACUGGCUCUCCUCACAUUCUACAAGAGUCUCCUCGAUCAAUGGAUGGUGUUCCUUCUAUCCCAGCCUCGCUCCCUCCAGGAAGCAGAAACAACCAUCACCGCCCUUAUAAAUCACGCCAGCAACCUUUCCUUGACCAUAAUCCAAAACACCAACACCAUCGUUGCACAUUCUACGGUCCUCGACUUCUACGAAACGACCACCGCGCUCAUUACCCACCCUACCCUGAAACCCAUAGUGCGGAUCACCAUCCCUCCAGCAGAAGUGAUCUAUAGCCUCCUCUUCUCCACCUCACUUAGCACAGUAAGCCGCCUUUGUGCGAUCCUCGCGCUUUACAAGAAAGCCUUCGAACUUGCCAUGGCUCGUAAACCCAAUAGCGCAUCUGUUCUAGAUCAACAGUCCUACCCUAAAGACUACGUUAAUCAUUUCAACGGCUUCCUGAUGGAUGUUUGCAAUUGUUUCUGGCGCUCUAGAGCAUUCAACACCUCGGAUCCAAAUGCACUCGGCUGCUUACUUCCCUCCGAUGUCACGCAAGCACUCGGACAGUACGUCGCAAGCCUUGACACGAACCUAUCCAUACCGUCGCUCUUCAGCUUCUCGUACUCGCCUGUAUUCUCCUCGCUUGCUAUCGCUUAUGUGCGGAAUCUGGAGGAUAGCUCAGAAGAUCAGAUUGAUCGGAGACAUGCUGGACCCGUUACUCAGAACUCGUUGAGGUUGCUUGAGAAAGAUGGAGGCUUGAGACUGCCAUGGGCGGAUUACAAGCUUGGGGUUCUGACUUAUAUGGAGAGCCAAGGAGCUGUUGGUGUGGGAGAGUUGAUGUACAACACUAUGAAGCAUCUCAUGACUGUCAGGGAGAAGGCAAAGGCUGGAGCUAUAUCCUGACAUCUCCGUCUCAACGUCGAGAUUUCAGCGUUAUUCAUCAUGUUUAGGCUCGCUUCUGUUGAAAGGAUAGUAAAACUCGGGUUGGCACUGGACAAGAGGGAAAAA